ACUGAAAGGGCUAAUGCCGCGCCUAAUUGGUCCGGCUCAAGUUAGUUUCAUCCCAGGGAGACACAUAACCGAUAACAUAGUCAUAGCCCAAGAACUCAUCCACACCAUGCGAAAUUUGUCGGGUAAGAAGGGAUAUAUGGUGGUCAAGGUAGAUCUCGAGAAAGCUUACGAUUAUUUGAGCUGGGAAUUCUUGGAAAGCACGCUCACCUUAGCUGGAUUUCCCCGAGCUUUUGUGACGAGCAUUAUGACAUGCGUCACCUCCGCUUCAAUGCAGCUAUCUUGGAAUGGAUGUCCCAGUGAGGAGUUCACCCCGACUCGGGGUGUCCGUCAAGGCGAUCCGAUCUUGUCUUAUCUUUUUUUUCUAUGCAUGGAACGCUUAGCCUUGACUAUUAACCGGUACGUCACCGAAGUAAAGUGGAGGCCGAUUACGCUAGGACGGGGCAAAGUGAAGAUCCCAUACUUGAUGUUUGCAGAUGAUCUACUAUUGUUCACCGAGGCAACGACUGACCAGGUUGCUUGUUUAACUAAAGUUCUAGAUGAGUUCAGCCGUGACUCUGGCCUAAGGGUUACCUAUACCGCUUUGACGGGGUUAUACUCCCAAGGUACGGGACACAUUUGGAAGGACGUUUGGGGCUGGCCGGGGCCCCAAAGAGUUCGUCAGUUUCUGUGGUUGAUCGUUAAAGGACGCUUGUUAACCAAUGAGGAUCGCUAUCGUCGUCAUCUAGCGGAGAGCGCUGCUUGCGCUUUGUGCGGCGCCAAACGAGAAAUGAUUUUGCAUUGUCUACGGGACUGCUGCCACGCUGCACAUACAUGGCGUCGUCUAAUCCAACACAGCCAGCAGGUCAUUUUAUUCAACUUACAACUGCGUGAAUGGGUGAGCUCAAACCUCCGAAAUCAUUUGAAUUUUCAAGUGGAAAAUUGGGUUUGUACAUUUGGUGUUACGUUAUGGAAUAUAUGGCGCGACAGAAAUUCAUUUAUUUUCGAGAAUUCUAGACUGGAUAUCCUCGGGCGCGUGACGGCCAUUGAUAGACAAAUUGAUGGAAUUAUUUUGGCCACCCUGGUCGCUAAGAACUUAAAUGCUGCGGUUUCAUGCAAGGAGCUUAGAUGGCUCUCGUGGACUAAACCU